UCUUCUCAAAGCAGAGGAAUGUCAGAGGCUCAUAUGUCAACACCGAGCUUCUCCCCAGAGAGGCGUAUUCCCGAAACCUGAUGGCCCUUUGAAGACGCUUUAUUUUUUACAACCAUCAUUUUUUUCCCCCUCCAGGGUUCCGGGCCGAUUCCGCCGCGUACGACUCAAAGACGACCGGGUCUCGCUGCUUUGACCACAGCUAACGCUAUUUAAACGAUGACAGACGACAAAGUCAGAACAGCGUUUUCAAUCAUUUAAAAAAUAGCCGAGGGUCUGUUAGCUUAGCCAGCUAGCCUGUUAAUUCGGUUAGUCCGGGGGGAAACACGGUGAAAUCCACUGUUGACAUGAUGUUUCCUCAAUCACGACACUCGGCAUCCUCUCAGUCCAGUCAGCCUCUGAAGUUCACCACCUCUGACUCCUGUGACCGCAUCAAGGAUGAGUUCCAGUUCCUCCAAGCACAGUAUCACAGUUUGAAGUUGGAAUGUGAUAAACUGGCCACUGAGAAGUCAGAGAUGCAGCGUCACUAUAUCAUGUACUAUGAGAUGUCCUAUGGACUGAAUAUUGAAAUGCACAAACAGGCCGAAAUAGUGAAGAGACUUAAUGGAAUAUGUGCUCAGGUGCUCCCUUACCUGUCACAGGAGCAUCAGCAGCAGGUCAUGGGCGCCAUAGAGAGAGCCAAACAAGUCACACCCCCUGAGAUGAACUCCAUCAUACGGCAACAGCUCCAGGUGCACCAGCUGUCCCAGCUCCAGGGCCUGGCCCUACCCAUGACUCCGCUGCCCCUGGGUCUCACCCCGCCCACCCUGCCCUCAGUCUCCUCCAGCUCCGGCCUGCUCUCCCUCUCCUCCAUCCUGGCCAACCACUCCCACGCCCAGGCGCAGCUGGCUAAAGAGGACAAGGCCCGGGACGGCGCAGAGCGGGAGCAGAGAGAAGAGGAUGGGGACAAGUCAGACUAGUAAUAACGCAGCCAGAGGGGGGAUGUGGUGGCGAGGCAAGUGGGGUUGAUAGUCUUAACUGUAAACAGAGGUGAGUGUGAGCCUUGCUUACUCUGCAGAGGGUUGGGAGUGUUAAUGGAGAGGAGAGAGAGCAGGGCCGAGAGAGAUGACUGUGUUUUCUUCCUCAGUGUGGCGGUUUUGGGAGCGCUUUGGAUGUGCAGAGAAUGCAUGGCUGAGAGAGAGAGAUAGAGUGGGAGUUAAUUGUUAAUAUUAUUUAGUGGUAAUAGACUCAGUUCAGGCUUCUAGAUGUAAAAAUAGAUGCUUUUUUAGUGUAAGCCACUGUGGUGGCAUUUACCAAGGUAAAUGUUGAGUUUUCCCUCUGAGUUUGGAGUGAGCAUUAAGGACAAAAGCUAACAGCAGUCUCCUCCACAUGGUUCUGCCUCAUGCAGGAUGUUUCUCACUCCUUUUCCACAGACCUCUACUUCUGUCAUUUGCCUUUUUCUUUUUCUUUUUAUCAAAUCAGUUAUGAAUGGAAAAUCUCUUUUUGGUGGUAUUUGUAUUGUAUGAAACCCUGUACCAUUUGUUUCUCCCUUCUUACUGCUUUCCCUCUAUUUUGAUUGGAUAAUGUAGCUGCGCCAUUUUUUCCCCAACACUUUUGAUAAGCAUGGACUGGAGCUGUUUGGACAGUGAUGCCAUGCAUUCAGAAUACACUUGGGGCUUAAUUAACUCUGGAAAAGUCUGAAAUUAAAUGUCAUGUUGUAAAGGGACAUUUCACUUGUUAGAUGCAUUCAGGCCUCAAACACCCACUAACAUUAAUGUAUUCAUUUUGCAAAUCACUGGAUGCAUCAGCUUUGUUACAUACCUCAAUCCCAAACUAUUUUUUUUUCCAUUGGAAAACUAUUCUAAGUCAAAUAAAUAAAAUAUUCCCAGCUGGGUGAAUUAUUUUUUUGUUUGACUUAAUAGCACUAGCUGCACAUUAUAUAGUGUAAUCCUUGACUCAACUUUAAAUUCAAAGACUUUAAGCUCAGAAAUCCAUGGACGUUUUAUUUUUCAGUGUUUUGUUUCAUGAAGUUAAAGACAGGCUAAUUACAUAUUCAGAAUGUUUGUGUGUGUGUGUGUGUGUGUGUGUGUGUGUGUUAGAGUGAAUAUGACAUUAGAGAAGAAAACACUUGAUUGUUUUAUUUUUUUUUUUUCAUAAAGCACCUUUUGUAUUUUCCUUACUCCUGCUCCUCCCCGUUUGCCUACUCUCUAACUGACAAACUUGAAUGGGACCUAAACUUCAGAAAGACAUGGUUGUAAAAGAUAGACGAGUGUGAUUUUUCAGAGUACUGUAUUUCUGUAAGUUAGUGUAGCACUUCAGUUUGUACUGAUAUCGUAUCAAGCACCUGUCUUUCCUGUCAUGUUUCGUUUUGUAUGAGUGUCAAGGGACUCCCUUUAUUUUCACAUUGCUUGGAUGAAGAAUGUGUCACUGGUGAGCCGCUGAAAUUCUGUAAGCAAGCAGACGAGAGAAACUUUUCCAAAAAGGUUGUCACACCCAAAAUCUGUGCUUGCCAAAGUUGUGAUUCAGGAGAAACUGACCCCGGUGGCAAUCACUAAUAAUUAGUUUCCAUCAUGAGUUAUAAAAAUCAUAAUGCCAAAUUGCAUUUUGAUUUGUUGUUAAUCAAAAAGCAUUAACAAGGCCUAAAAGGUGUGAUAAAUAGAAAUGUGAUCCACCUUUCAAGCAGCAGAGGGCAGUAGUGUUCCUUUCCCCACCAAGCCAGUUAAACAUGAGUAUGAAGUUUUAACCAGAUUUUGACAUCUACCAGGCAAAUGAAGUGGUUCAGGUUGGCCAUUUUGUUUGCAGCUUUUCACACACACGUCCACCUCCACCUUGUUUUAGCUCCUAACUCUGGGCCAGUGGUUUGUACACUGCUGGUGUAAACUCUGCAACGUGAGUUAGUUUUACAGAGCAUUUGGCAGCCCACCUUUACGUCUGUGUGUGUUUAUGUUUGAUGGGUAAAGUUCUGUAUUCCUUUUUGAAAAGCACUUAGGUUGUGUCUUGGCUUCUUUCCUGUCUGUGCUAACCUUAGCAAGCCGAAAACCUUUCCUCCCUGGAGAUUUGACUUAAGCAUAUCCAGUGCAAAAAAAAAAAAUACAGAUCUGAUCUCUAAGUGGCAUGCACUCGAUGCUGAAGCUUGUCUCUGUAGAAAACCUCCUUGGCAAAACUCAGACAUAUGAAUGGUAUGUGCAUUUGUUUUUGCUGUGAAGGGCCAAUUUGUAUAAAUAUGAAUAUAUCAAUAUACCUAUUUUUUAAGCAUUUUUGUAUGUUUCAAAGCUGCUUUUUAAUGUGCGUGUGUGAGCAACUUUAAAGGAAGACUUGAUGUUGUAUGUGUGCAUUACUUGCCUACAGUGAGAGGCACUAUAUUGAAUGCCAUGCCUAUUUUCCCUGUUUCUCUCUCCCAUUCUCUCAGUAGGCAGUAACACCUAACUUUUUUUUUUUUUUUUUUUUUUUGAGCUUUGUAAAUGUCAUGUCAUUUUUUUAAAGUCUUUUUUUUUUUUUGUUGUGCAAACAAAACAUGAACUUGUUUAUAAUGUAUGUUGUUUAUGAACAAUAUUGUAGCCUCAUUUAAAAAAAAAAAAAAUGGGGGCCAAAAAAAAAAGUAAAACAAGCAACUGUGUACUCUAAUGAGAAUGAACCAUUCAGCAGUAAGGAAGCUCCUCUGGUGCCUUACAAAUAAAAGACCUGAUUGAGAGUG